UAAACUUAUUAAAAACAGAGUGCAACCAUUCGCCAACAGAUGUCGUUUUUAUCAAAUUUCUCUUUUACAUUAUUUGAGUUGACCGAGUCGAGUUCAAGUGUUUAGGGCUUUAACUUUUUAUGAAAGUAGUGUUGGCUUUUUUCUGAGUUUUCUGUUAUGGAAAUAGCUGUACAUGGUGGAAUAUUCUUUCAUACAAAAAUAUAAUCAGGUACAGUUGUACAGUGAAUAUUGUGGAAUCAUUUUUGUGGCAUCAAAUUGGUUAUAUCUUAAAUAGCUCUCGGAAAAUAAUUAAAAAAUAACCCAACUGUCAUGAUUGUCAUGAAUGUCAUUAUCUCGCUUACAGUUUACAGAGGUUAUGGAAUAUUACUGAUAUUAUCGAGACAUGUUAUGGAGACCACUCAAUAAAAUAGUACAAUUUCAGUCGUUGCUUGUUCGUCCUUCACAAAUUCGUAGUUUUAGCGUGUCUAAGUCAAAAUGUCAGUGGAAAAAUUCUGUGUUUGGUGCCCUUAAAGCUGGCCCAAUGUCGUCCUAUAGAUUAAGACUUAUUUUACGCGAAUUAACCGUAACGAGGCUGUGGAAUGCCUGCUUCAGAACACAGCUAGUAAGCUCUGUAGUGAGGCGAUGCCGCCGUGACCAUGUACGGGUGUGGGUGUGUCUGCGGCAGACACUUCUCCGUCCGCACCGCACCCUGGCCUUUACCGUGGCUGCCUACAACCAGGAUGAUGAUGAUGAAGAUGGGACACCCUGCAGCCAGGACAUCAGUGAUGAGGACCUUGAGGCACUGGUCCAUGACUUUGAGACGGUGGACGAGCUGUCCCGAACAACUCUCUUCUGCCACGGCUGCCGGCGGCGGCUCGUCAUCGACAAGAAACAGCCAGGCGUACUGUACUGCACCUGUUCUAACACACAGCCCCCGCCCCCAUCCGAGGACGGCUGGGUGCCUUAUAUGGAGGCAGAUGACGUCAUCAUCUGGCGGAAAGAGUACAAGCCAGGGGGACUCUUUGCUUAUAAAGUAUACGGGCGUUACAAAGACCUGACCGCCAGCGAUUUCGCGAUGAUCCAAGUGGACGGCGCGUACCGCCGCUCGUGGGACGACGCCGUCGCGGCGCUGUCCAUAGUGGAGCCGGAAGCCAACGGGGUCAGGUCCCAGACGGUGCUACAUUGGGAAGUUCUCUGGCCAAGACUAUUCGCCAACCGCGAUUACGUGUACCUCCGGCGCCAUAAAGAAUUCAACGUGAAAAGCAAAUGUCUCGCCCAUAAAGACGCCAUCUUCACCACGCCCGAGCUGGAGCCCUGCGCGCCGCCGCCGCCGCCCGAGCGGCCCAGCGUGCACACGCGCGCUAAGCUUAAAGCGCAGGAGAUGGAGCGAAGCGAGAGGAAGUUAGGAAGGGAAAGCAGAGAAGAGAAGGUGAAUAAGGUUUACGUGAUCGUGGGACGUUCGUGCACUCACCCUGAUGCACCGGAAACCAAGCACGCCAUCAGGGUCCAAGAGUACUGGAGCCACAUGGUGGUGCGGACCAUCGACGGACCCGACAGUGCGGGCAUGGAGUUCGUGCUCACGUACUACGAUGAGCCGUCCGUGGGCGGGCUGCCGGCCGGGGUCUCCGCCUGGGCCACCGGCCGCGCGGCGCCCUCAUACCUCGCGAGGAUGCACCGCGCCGCGCUGCACUACCGCAAGUGGCGGGCCAUGCACACGCAGCAGCUGACAUGGACGAGCCGUCAGUGGCCGGGCUGCCGGCCGGGGUCUCCGCCUGGGCCACCGGCCGCGCGGCGCCCGCAUACCUCGCGAGGAUGCACCGCGCCGCGCUGCACUACCGCAAGUGGCGGGCCAUGCACACGGUAUGUAGCAGCAGCUGACAUGGACGAGCCGUCAGUGGCCGGGCUGCCGGCCGGGGUCUCCGCCUGGGCCACCGGCCGCGCGGCGCCCUCAUACCUCGCGAGGAUGCACCGCGCCGCGCUGCACUACCGCAAGUGGCGGGCCAUGCACACGCAGCAGCUGACAUGGACGAGCCGUCAGUGGCCGGGCUGCCGGCCGGGGUCUCCGCCUGGGCCACCGGCCGCGCGGCGCCCUCAUACCUCGCGAGGAUGCACCGCGCCGCGCUGCACUACCGCAAGUGGCGGGCCAUGCACACGGUAUGUAGCAGCAGCUGACAUGGACGAGCCGUCAGUGGCCGGGCUGCCGGCCGGGGUCUCCGCCUGGGCCACCGGCCGCGCGGCGCCCUCAUACCUCGCGAGGAUGCACCGCGCCGCGCUGCACUACCGCAAGUGGCGGGCCAUGCACACGGAUCCGCCGGACUUCGAGCCGUUCGACGCGGAGCAGUCCACCCCUCGCCCCGUGGGCCACAAGCCGCGCGCGCCGCACACACCGCGCGUCAUCAACGAACUGGACAUGGAGUCCUCGCAGCACGGCCCGGAUCUGGACGAGGUGUACGAGCCGCGAGACAAGGGCACGCAGACAGACGCACACACACAGGACAGCAAGCGCGACGUGGGCGUCGACCCUAUCAAACAUGAGACAACCUCCGAUGUUGGUGACAAAGUGUUUGUAAACGUCAAAACGAAAGACGUCACCGCGCAGGAACAGGCGAAAACGAGCGACAAAGUCAAAGUUACUGAAAAACUCAAGUCCAGUGAUAAGGAACAAACAGAGGAGUCAGAGGGAGAAGAAACAUCGAAAAGCAGAUGGUGGCGCUACCUGUACCCGUUCUAUUACUUCGUCUGAGCGUCAAUUAUAUCUAUACAGUGCAAUUUUAUACACAGUUCAGGAUUGUAUGGUGGUAUCCUGCCUUUAGCAUAUAUUUAAUGAAUUUCUCCAGCCAAGUGUAAAAUGAAAAUAAUAUUUGAAAAUAUUAUUGACUUAAUGUGUUCAAAAUGUGCACAUAAUGUAAUAUGUAAUUUUUCAACCCGUUUAUUAGGAAAAGGAUAGAUGAACUCUCGUAUCGAGAAUACAUAUUAUAAAACAAAGACCCCGCCGCGUCUGUUUGUCCGUCUGUAUGUUCGCGAUAAACUCAAAAGCUACUGAACGGAUUUUCACACGGUUUUCACCUAUCAAUAGAGUGAUUCUUGAGGAAGGUUUGAACUUGGACUACCCGUGCGAAGCUGGGGCGGGUCCCUAGUUAUUUUUAUAAAGAUUUUUGUUAAAUACACGCUUGAUACAAAGGAUGAAAUAAUUGUCGAUUGUAUGAUUUCCGAACAAAUACAAUACAAUUUCAGUUGAUUGUUGAUUUCAAAUAAAGAAAUAAUACGCACAAAGUUGUGCAGAAUAUUGUAAGCGCAUUUUGCAAGAUGAAAUAGAUGGCGCUGUAUGGUCCUGUACAUGUGGGAAAUAUGCGGUGACGUAAAACCACUCAAAUAUAUUCCAGUACUACAUGUAACUUCCACAAUUCCACAUACACACAAAUGAAAAAUCUAAGCCACUGAAAUUUGAACCUAUAGUGCAGGGAAUACAGUUGAUUUUAUUUUGUUUGAAAUAGAAGGAAACAAAACGAAUGCAACUCUGUUCCAAUUGAAUAUGAUUUAAAUUUCAUCGAACUGAAUAAGUCCUAUAGGUAGGACAUUGGGCCUUGCGAGGUGAAGUAUAAUUACCACAUUCUGUUUGGUUUCUUUUGGGUUACUUCUUCACAGAACUAAGAUUUAAAAAUAAUAGUUACACCUUAACAACGCGUGGACACGUGGUACGAUACCGAUCUGUCAAUCUCAAAACUGACAUUACUUCAACCAAAAAACGUCACUUUUCUCAGAUCGGUAUCGUACCGCUGUUAUGGACAGUACAAUCUAUGUGUAUGAAAAGUGUUCAUCAAAAAACCUUAAAUAGGUGGCGCUUUAAAUACAUCACAAACAAAUUUUUGAUUUUGAUAAAAAACAACUAAUCGCUGAUGUGAAGUGCGCUUCACUCCGUCAAUAACGUCUAAGUUCAUAUCAUGUCCUUGUGCUACUCUAGCGCCACCGGAGAGAUUUCGAAUUAUUAUUUACAGCUGCCAGCUUUAGCAACAGUUCUCCUAUAUGAGAUUGUCCUCCUUACCUCUAACAUCCAUAAUCUCUGUGACUUAACAUUAUUCGAAUCGGCCCGUAGGUCGAAAACGUUACCAUACCUGUCACGUUCUAACAAGUAUCGAAAGUGACAGGUGAUAAAAUGCGACCAUGCCUACCUAAUUCGAGAUAGGUAAUUUUUGACCAUAUUUGGUCGGUUUUAGGGUAAGUUUGUCAAGCGUUCAAAUUUAAUAAUCGAAGUUCCACAAAACGUAUUUCGGCGUUACCAUUCGAAACUGCGGGUACAUUAUUUUGCACCAUAAGCCGUGUUAUUGUUUUAUUCUGAAGAUUAAACACAAAUAGACUUGCGCUUAACUAAAGAUAAACUGAUAGAGAAAGUUUGAAGCUAAAAUUUCGAACUAAAACUUACCUCAACAUAGUCUAUAGUUUACUCAAUUUAAAUAAGUAGAUUUAAAUGCUUAAGAGCUCAUCUUACAAAUAUAUUCUUCGUCGCAAUUAUUCAUUGCAUCGCCCUACGGCCACGUGAAUACAAAAUUCAUAAACUCGGUAUCAACAUUAUAUUUUUUACUCAAAAACUGUUUUAGUUUCACGAAGUUAUUAUUUCAGAAAACAAAAGCAUAAUCAAUUCUGAUAAAAUUAUUAACAAUAAUAAUCGAGAAAUAAGUAUUGCAGCUGCGUUCUUGUUAUUAUUUAUAUAUAUAUUUAUUAUUCGUAAAUCGCUCAAUCCAAAUAUUUGGAAUGGACGUCAUUAGUUUGAGCUUGCUUUACAUUAGUGUGGCUAGUAGAAAAUGAAAUAAUACAUGUGUGGCAUAGAAAAUGUAUGUAGACUACGAAAAUUAUACACAACUAGCUUAUGUCCGUUACUUCGUCUGCAAAGAAAUUAAGUAAGUAAUUUUUUUUUAUCUAAACCGGGGCUGAUGUGCCGUCGGAGUGUUUCUAAAAUUGCGAAAUUUCUACAUGGGAAAUAAAUCGAAACUUUCUUAUUAAUGUAUAUACUACUACGCUGACGCAACGACCCAAAGUGAGUCCUGGGGCCCAUUUCUCGAACGUUAUUAGACUAACAUUAUUAGUCUACGAACUCUCAAGUCGUAUGAGUUACCGUGGCAACACAAUAAUAAUAGACUAAUACGGUCAGCGGCGGUCGGGGAUAAGUCGGCAGCGAUUUUGAUAGCCCAGACGGUGCAAGGGUUAUUUUAAACGUCAAACUUCUAUUGCACCGUCUGGGCUAGCAAAAUCGCUACCAACUUAUCUUGGUCUGACUCUAGAUUUUUCCCAUUUUCAAAAUGAAACUUUCUGUCCUCUGAGAAUUUCUUGAAUUUCCCGAAAUCAUUUACAAAUUUUUGGGAACUUCGCAAUUUGCAUAAUUCAGCGGUAUAAGUGUCAAGGUAACGGACAGACACUUUCGUGCCUGUUUAUGGUAUUCGUAGAUAUUUUUUGCAUAAUAAGAAAAAUGUAUAUAAUUUUCGUGGUUCUUCGGUUUUGUGUAAGACCUAGUGAGUAUAAGUAGGUUUUAAUGAAUUCUAGUAAAAUUUAAACCAAAUUUUCUAUAGCCAUUCUUCGCCAAAGAUUUUUAGUGACUAUCUAAAAUAUUUAAAAAAAAAUCGUUAUAAGCAUGAUGACGGGCGAAUAAUGCCUAUAGGCUUAUAACUACGCUAUUUUUGCUUAUAUUCGUGCAAUAAAGUGGCAUAAUUGAAAAAUCAUUGAGCUCCACAGACGUUGCAACUGAUUCCAUGCAAUUAUCAGUGCCGUCUGUCAAAUCUGUUAUAACUAAAUGAAAACCUAAAUAUAUAAAAUUGGUAUGUUACACCAACAGAUACAAAACUAUGACCCUAAAACUUAUAAAGUGCAAUUACAUUCACACUAUCAGGCCUGAUAUCACGACCGAUUACAGCCCGAGAACAAUAUUUCUCCGUUUCACGAAAUAUCUGCACACCGUUUACAAUAUUCGAAAUGUAAAAAAAUAGUUAAUAUGCAAAAAUAUCAAACAUAGAACAUUUUUGGCAAUUGGAAACAAAGUUUUUUUUUUCAUAUAUUUCAAAUAUUGUUAACGAUGUGCUGAUAUUCCGUGAAACGGAUAACGAUUAUUAGACCCGUUAUCGGGAAGUGUGGAUGUUAUUGGCACUUAAUAUUUUUAUAGGUAGUCACAUUGUUUUUUUUUGUUUACACUUACAAUAACUAAAGUAUGUACAGUAUGUAACAACAAUAGUGGGGAUUCGCUUAAGCAUAUUCGAUAUCGUGUUCUGAUUAGAAAAAAUUAGAAGAGACAUAUUUAUGGCGCGAAAAAAAAAACAUUUUUGUCUAUGGGGCAGGUCGUCCAAGUCGGCCAACCUUCAUACAAAGCUCAAACAUUUUUGACGUCGUAACAAAUUAUCUUCUAUUUUUUUCUUAAUUUGAACGAUACCGAAUAUGCCCUGAAACGGAUCCCCACUACUUUUGUUACGUCCUAUAGGUAUAAAUUAACUAGAUUGAGUGAACCCGGUACCCGGGUAACAUGCACACUUUUUACUACCUCAGUCAGAACCCUUAAGAAUCAGGUACAUUACAUAGGUAUUACCUAUAAAGUUUACCUUUGCGCGUUGUAAACUAGCCGUGGCUGGCAAGAGGUUACGAGCAAUUUGCUGCUGUCGACGUAGUCAUGCAAUACAAUGCAAGUAGUAAAAUUAGUUUAAAUAAUUAAUAACUAAGCAUCGGAGUUUUUAUCGCACGGUAAAACGUAAGCGAGCUAUGGAGUCGAAAUUAGCAAUAAAAUUCAACCCAUAUUCAUUAAUUUAUUUAAUUUGUGAUUUUAAUUUUAUAAUCAAAG